AUGCCAGCAAUGUUUAUUUCAGACGUACCCCACAACAAAUACAAUCAACAGAAGGAAAGAGCGUCAUCUUCCUAUGGCAACACCUACAAGACCUCCACGGGAGUCUAUCAGUACUCCGGUUAUAAUCAGAACUAUGGUAAGAUAUUUUCAACCAAACUGGCACGGUACUCUUCCAUGAUCGGUUUUCAAAACGUCAACUUUAAAUUUGGUCAUAAAAAUCUCACCACCAAAAUAAGAGCUCAUUUUGCAUCCACCUACUUGACUGUGGGUGGGGUAACGGAAUCGAACGCCAUGCCGAAAGGAACCAUCAAUACUCCGGUUAUAAUCAAAACUAUGAAUAUUCGAGCCUGUCAUCAGAUUGUACAUGGUGUGAACUUUAGCGCGGAGUUGUAUCUGGACAUCGAAUCAGUGCCCUCUGGAGCAUUGCCACUUAUGUUGCAGGACGACGAAUUGCCAUCGCAUGCAUCUCUAAUUCCAUUAACCAAAGAACUGAUCAACUGGGAUUUGCUUGCAAUGUUACAACGGAAACGCCCAACUACCACCUCUUGUGUACCCAAGUUGAAUAAAUAUCUAGAGCUCUUGAAUGCAAUAAAUCCAACGGACACGAAGUAUAUGAAUACCUGGCACGUUUCAACUAUGUUAGAAAACCGGGCCCAGGUUGGCGCUGGGGCUCAAAAUCAGUCGAAGAUAAAUCCAACGGACACGAAGUAUAUGAAUACCUGGCACGUUUCAACUAUGUUAGAAAACCGGGCCCAGGUUGGCGCUGGGGCUCAAAAUCAGUCGAAGUUACUAAGAUAUAUCAUUCCCAGAGCAAGGCCUGCACAGUGGGUUUAUGGGAAAGAAUACCUAUUGGACACCGACCGCUAUUCGACAUGGUAA